AUGGCCACUUUUUACAGCAAUAACACACGUCGCAAAGAUGAACCAGAGGAUCUCCGUCACCUUCGUCAAGCACAUGGAGGCUCCCUGUCAACACUCAAAGAACUUUUCGCAGACUGGUCAGAGGAAGACCUUUUGUACGCCAUCCAAGAUGCCGGCGGUGAUUUGGAAUCUACCAUUCUCAGGAUCAGUGAUGGACAUGCCACUCAGUGGGGCGAGGUGAAGGGAAAGAAGAAAACCCCCAAGCCAAAGACUACCUCUGAGAAGCAAGACUUCCGUUCCUCCAACAACCAGCGCGGUGGAUUCGCAGGACGCGGCCGUGGUGAUUCACUCCGUGGCGGACGUGGUGGCGCAACAAGAGGCGCGCCUCGCGCAUUGAACGGUGGCGAUAGGAACGGACGCCCUGCCAAGACAGAGUCUGAUGUCAACAACACUACCACCACUUCAGAGUCAUCCUGGAACACCGACAAUGUCGAAGCAGAGAAAAAUGACCAGACUGACGCAACCGCCGCAGCCGCAGCCGACUCUUGGAAUGCUACGCCAACAACGGAUACUACGCCUGCAACAACUAAUGAUACUACUCUCGCCUCCAACGGAUCGAAAGAUACACCUGCCACCGCCGCCGUCGCCACAUCCACCACAACCGCAGCUGAUGACUCAUGGGGUGCAUCCCCUAUUGUUGCGGCUGCUGUUUCUGCUACCCCCGCUCCUCGCAAAGUGAACACUGCCACCAUUCCUGCCGGAAGCAAGAUGUCAUGGGCAAAGAUUGUCAAGCCUAACCCUGCACCCACACCUGCACCCGCACCCGCACCUGCACCUGUCGCUGCACCCGCACCUACACCCGCUCCCGCACCUGUUGCUACCCCUAUACCCACUCCCGAAGUCGUUGCUCCCAAGGUUGAGGAGCCCGUUGUCGAGGAAGUUCCUGAAGUCGCCGCUGCUGUUGUUGAGGAAGAGAAGGCUCCCGAGCCUGCUACUCCCGAGCCCGAGGUUGUCGUGCCCGUUAUUGAGGAGAAGAAGGUCGAGGAGAAGGUCGAGGAGGUUGUCGCCGCUACCCCCGAGCCUGAGGUCGUUGCCGCCCCUGAGCCCGUUCAGGCUGCCCCUGCCUCGCCCAAGGCUGCUGCCCCUGUCGGACCCCCCGGAUUGAAGGCCAAGGCCGCUCCCCAACCCCGCCGUUUGAACCAGGAUGCCCCCGUUGUCAUGCCCAGCGGAUCUUCGGCAUUGCAGAGCGUUGCUGUGAAGUUUGGCAGCUUCUCAUUGAACGACGAAUCCGAUUCUAUUGAGCCUGAGGCUGCCCCUGUUGAGCCCGCUCAGCCUGUUCAAGCCGCUCAGCCCGAGCCCGUUGCUGUCCCCGCUCAGAAUGCCGCCCCUGCUCAGCCCCAGGCCCAGCAGCAGCAGCCUGCCUAUGGCCGUCAGCCCAGCGUUCCUUCAGGAGCCUCUGGAUACCAGGCUGCUGCUGCUUCCCCUGCCACUGCUGCCAGCGGUCUCUCCCCUGCUGCUACCAACGCCUCGUACGUGAAGCAGGAUCCCGCUGCCAACUACCUCGGCCAGCAUCACCACCACCCCGGCAUGGGACACGACGCCAUGGGAUCUCCCUAUGGCUCGUACAUUCCUGGCGUUAACCAGUUGGGCUCUUUCGGCAUGGGCCCCAUGGCUUCGCUUCCCAACGAUUACGCUGCUGUUUACGGAAACGAUCUCCAGAGAGCCAUGUACUACGACCCUGCCACAUAUGGUCAGAUCCCUGUCACCGGCGCCAACAACUACCAGACCCGCGAUGGAAAGUACAACCAGGAUGCAUCUCCCGCUGUCAGCACUACGGGCGCCGCGACCACCGCCACUACUCAGGCUCAGCAGACUCUCCAGCAGCAGCAACAGCAGCAGCAGGCCUACCCCAACAUGGCCGGCAUGCCUUAUUACCCUUACUACUACAUGCCCAACCAGUUCCCUAACGCCUACCAGCAGUCGGGAUACGGCCAGCCCUUUGUCAACAAGAACAUGUACCCCAUGUAUCAGCACCAGCAACAACAGCAGCAGCAGCCCCAGCACGGCUCCAGCAAGCCCGGUGCCGCUGCCAGCAGCUCGCCCUACGGCAACUACAGCUCGAACCAGUACUCUCAGGGCGGAUACGAGGAAAUGUCUGCCGCUGGCAUCCAUGGUAUGGGUGGUUUGAACAACGACCCUUACGCCAAGUACAAUCCCGGUAUGCAGAACUUCUUGGGCAGCCAGCAGCAGCCUGCCACACCUACCUCGAGCGCCACCAACAACGCUAAGGGUAACUCCGGUGCCAACAACAACAACUACUCUGGAGCGGACAAGAACGCCACUGCUGGAUCGCAGUCGUCCAGCAACUCUGGAUCGGGAGCCUCGUCGCUUCAGGGACAGCAACAGCCCAGCGGUAACAACGGCAACAGCAACAACAUGCACCAGGGCGGUCAGCAGGGUUACUACCAGCAGCAGAUGUUCUCCAACUACCAGUACCCUAGCCACCACCAGGGUUACCACCCCAGCCAGCACCAGGGAUCUGGACGCAACCAGCAGCAGCAGUUCUGGUCCCAGAACUAA